CUCAUAUCCUCCUUGCUAUUCAUCAUUACCCCCUCACGCCCUCGUCUCCUUGGCAAAGACCCCCUUGCAACCCCUACGAUCGUAUACAAUUUGCGCCUCCAUCUUCUUUGCUGUCGCAGCGACGGAAGUUUAACCUGUUCCUGGUCCUGAAGGAGGGGGUACAACAUGUCGACAUCGGCGGAGGAGCAACGCCGCCAUGGCAAGCAUGAGAAGGCUAGAGCUAUGAUGAUGGAGGAAUUUGACAGGCAGAAGGCCGACAUGGCCAAGGAAGCCGAGCGGGCUCAGAAGAAGGCAGGGGAUCGCUUCGUGGGCAACACUGACAGCAUAGAGGAGACGCUGAAGAAGAACACCGUCGGUUUGGUCUCUGCUGAGGACUUCAAGAAGCGGAGGGAGGAGCUAGAAGAGCUCAAGAGGAGAGAGGCGGCUAAGACGAGCGAGCUCAAAGCUGAAGAAAAGAAGAAGAAAAAGGAGAAGAAGACGGUGAAACCGAAAUUGUCCUUUGCAAUGGACGAUGAAGAAGAGGAUGGAGAUGCUAUGUCCCCCUUCCCUACCAAGCGGAAGGCAGCGCCAUCGACCUCUUCCAAUGGGAACGGUAUUGCAGAGGGCGAACCCGUGGCAGCAAAGAAGCGUCUACUCAAGAACCCCGGAGUGGACACCUCUUUCCUCCCGGAUAGGGCCAGGGACGAAGAGGAGAGGAAGAUCAGAGAGACGCUGAGACAAGAGUGGCUCAAGAAGCAGGAGGACAUCAAGGGCGAGGCAAUUGAGAUCACAUAUUCGUACUGGGAUGGUACUGGUCACCGAAAGACGGUCAAGUGCAAGAAAGGCGACUCGAUCGCCGACUUCCUCGAAAAGUGUCGCCAGCAAUUUCCCGAGUUGCGCAACCAGUCAGUGGACAACCUCAUGUACAUCAAGGAAGACCUAAUCGUCCCUCACCACCACACCUUCUACGAGUUCAUCAUCAACAAGGCUCGCGGCAAGUCCGGACCCCUCUUCAACUUUGACGUUCACGAAGAUGUGAGAAUGGUAGCGGACGCGACGGUAGAGAAGGAUGAGAGUCAUGCGGGAAAGGUAGUGGAGCGCAAUUGGUACAAUCGCAACAAGCACAUCUUCCCUGCUAGUCGGUGGGAACUCUACGAGGUCGGCAAGGAUUAUGGGAAUUAUAGCAUUCAUGAUCGAUCCAAGGGCAAGUGAGAACCUUAGGAGGUGGGGAUGAGGAGAGCGUUCAUCAAUUGUACCAUAUUUCAGCAGCCUCAUGGCCAUCAAUGUACGAUCUGAAUAACGAAUCUAUUGGAUGACUGAGUAGGCAAGCCCUUCAGGCUACUACAAUUGCGCACACAACUCCCUCCCCGCCUUGACCUGCGCAUCACAAAGGCCCAACUGCAACGGCAUGGAGAUAAUACUCGCCAGGAGAAUCCCCAUUGAGUCUCCCACACCCACACAGCCCACGCGGAACUCCUGCUCUUGCCCACGGCGGGCGAGCUCUAUCUCUACUUCUUCUGGACUGGAAGAGGAGUCCGUGGAGAUGGUCUUGGACUGGUGGUGG